GAAGUUUAGUGUCUGCUUGAACGGCUGUCUGGAUUUAAUAAAUGGGUCAAAAGAAGAUGUGCAGUGGUGUUCCUAAUAUUCAAAUGCCUUUUUACUGAAGUUGAGGGUGACCACAACAGAACAGAAUACCUACUUCCUCUUUGCCUGACGCUUCAUUUUUCUGUAUUGGCACUCUGAGGAUACCAAGACUGUUCUCACCAAUUCUUUUCUCAUCAGAAGAAGCACAUCACCAAAAUGAAUGAGGUAGAACUCAACUACACAGACUAUCCAAACUAUCCAUUUGAUUAUGAUCAAAUUACAUCACCAUGUGACAAGGGGGAUGUCAGAAACUUCACAAAAGUAUUUUUGCCAAUUGCAUACUCAAUUAUAUGUGUCCUAGGCUUAGUGGGUAACAUCUUUGUAGUAAUGACCUUUGCUUUAUAUAAAAAACCCAAGUCUAUGACAGAUAUAUACCUUUUCAACAUGGCCAUAGCAGACAUAUUGUUUGUUCUCACUCUUCCAUUCUGGGCAGUAAAUUAUGCUGCUGAAAAAUGGAUCUUUGGUGACUUCAUAUGCAAAAUUACCAGAGGUAUUUAUGCAAUCAACUUCAAUUGUGGUAUGCUGCUCUUGGCCUUUAUCAGUAUGGACCGAUACAUUGCUAUUGUACAGGCAACAAAGUCAUUUAAACUUCGGGCUAGAACGCUAGCAUACAGUAGACUGAUCUGUUUGACUGUAUGGAUAUCGUCAAUUUUAAUUUCCUGUUCCACUUUCAUAUUCAGUCAAAGCUACAGCCACUCCGUCAAUGAAACAGAACAGAUUUGUGAACACAGAUCCAAUACCGAGACAAAAGGCACUACUUUGAAAUUAUUGCUGCUGGGUAUGCAACUUCUAUUUGGAUUUUUUAUCCCUCUGCUGUUUAUGGUAUUUUGCUAUGCAUUCAUUGUCAAAAGCUUGGUGAAAGCUCAGAAUUCCAAAAGAAACAAAGCAAUAUGUCUGAUUGUAUUAAUUGUGAUUGUUUUCCUGGUUUGUCAAGUACCAUAUAACAUGGUUCUUCUUGUGACUGCAAUAAAUAUGGGUAAAUUGAAUAAACUGUGUGAUAGUGAAAAGCAAAUAGCCUUUGCGAAGUACAUUACAGAAGUCCUGGCCUUCUUCCAUUGUUGUUUGAACCCAGUGCUCUACGCUUUUAUUGGGGUGAAAUUUAGAAGUUACUUUGUGAAUAUAAUGAAGGACCUUUGGUGCCUGAGAUACAAGAAAUACAAGACCAGGAGUUCAAGGAUAAGUUCUGAUACCUAUCACUCAAGGCAGACAAGUGAAAUUAUGAGUGACAAUGUGUCAUCCUUUACUAUGUAAUAUAACUUCAACAUUAUUAUGAAGGAGCUUUGAUUAUAUUCAUUCAACAAUCCAAACCAAUCUCAUUAUUCAUGUCACAGCUAGUGAUUUUGACUUUCCAACAUCCUAAAUAGUAGUUUCUAUGAUAUACAGCUCCCUCCCUCAAAACAAUUAACAUAAACAGAAGAAUGAUAUGACUAUGGGGAAAAAAAAGUCCAUCUAGCCCAGUAUCCUGUCUUCCGACAGUGGCCAGUGCCAG